UGUCAACUUUAGAGUAUUUCUACCUGGUUCAGUGUUUGUACAACGGUAGUGUCUCUGAACACUUGUUGGCCUCUCGCCGUCCAGCCCUGACCGUGCGCAUUGAAACGAUGGCCCAUUACGAAGAAGUGAAUGUGCGUGGGUACGAAGAAUUCUCUCACGCCGUGUCUGAACGGAAAGGAAAGGACAUUUUUGCUUAUUUCUCUGGUGAUAAAGACGUUCAAGGAAAGAGCUGGUGUCCAGACUGUGUCAAAGCCGAGCCAGUUGUAAGAGGAGAGAUGACUCAUCUUCCUGAGGGCUCUGUUUUCAUCUACUGUCAAGUUGGAGAAAGAGCUUAUUGGAAGGAUCCAAGUAAUGACUUCAAGAAGACUCUGAAGUUGAGCGGAGUUCCCACCCUGCUGAGAUAUGGCACACCUCAGAAGUUGGUGGAGGAUGAAUGCUUGAAAGCAGAACUGGUGAGGAUGAUGUUCACUGAGGACUGAAGGAUCCCACGCUGCUCACAUCACUCAUGAAACGUUCAAGACUUCUUCACUGUUUAACAGUUGCCACCAUUCAGUUUCAGCACAACUGCAUUGUUGAAUAUUGCUAACUAUUUACCAGAUGCAUAUCCCACUACAAAUCUUCUAAAAUAAUGAGUAUCAUUUGUAAUUCACAGCUAUUCAGAGCGGAUGCUCUUCUUUUUCUGCUCUAUGUGCAAUUAGUCAAUCCUGAAGUUGAUACAUUACUUCUUAUGUAAUGUUAGUAUAACAUACUGCUAUGAGAACACCUCAUUUGUUUGCAUUGUGUCAAUUUUUUAUGUAAUUUUUAGUUUUGUCUGACAAAAGACUUGAAUAAAGUGACACUUUGUGUUGAACACAACAAGAA